GCCAGCCGGGUACUCUCGCGCGAUGUCGGGCAGCGCGGAGGCGCGGGGGCGAAGACCGGGCGUCGGGGUAGGAGUAGUGGUGACCAGCUGCAGGCAUCCUCGCUGCGUCCUCCUCGGGAGGAGGAAGGGGUCCUUCGGAGCCGGCAGUUUCCAGCUUCCCGGGGGUCACUUGGAGUUCGGUGAAAGCUGGGAAGAAUGUGCCCAAAGGGAAACCUGGGAAGAAACAGCUCUUCACUUGAAAAAUGUUCGCUUUGCCUCGGUUGUGAAUUCUUUCGUUGAGAAAGAGAAUUAUCAUUAUGUCACCAUAUUAAUGAAAGGAGAGGUGGACACGACUCAUGAUUCAGAACCAAAGAAUGUAGAGCCUGAAAAAAAUGAAAGUUGGGAAUGGGUUCCUUGGGAAGAAUUUCCUCCCCUGGACCAGCUUUUCUGGGCACUGCGUUGUUUAAAGGAACAGGGUUACGAUCCAUUUAAAGAAGAUUUGGAUCAUCUGGUAGGAUAUAAAGGAAAUCACCUAGAGGCAAGUGCCCCUUCACUGGCCUUUGCGGCAUCCCAGCUGAGAUCUUCCCAGCGGAGCAUGACGUGAAUUCGGCCUCCCUGAUAUCCACUUGGAAGAGGCAGUUCUUGGUUAUCUGGACUGCCAGCUUCCAGAUAAGGCAAAUGUAACUUCACAUGAAACAAGUCUCUUUUUGGGCAUCAGGGAUCGUGUUAUCUGGAGACCGUGGAGAAAGCAAGCUCAGGGAGUCAUCUGUAUGGGAGAAAACAGUCUUCCAGCGUAAAAUCACUCACACGAUGUUGCCUCACUAUUUUGUUUUAAUAAUUAUUUAUGUUAUACUUAGAAGUCAGUACUGCACUUGAGUAUUGUUCAUGAAAAAUGCAAAUUAAAAAUAACUAUACAUUGACUAAGAGGUUGUACCAAGCCUUCCAUUUUAUGGACUUCAAUAAAUUGAGCAAGUAAGUUUGUACUUAUGUACUCCAUAAGCAUUUCAUUUGCAUCUACUGUGUGCCAAGUACCAUGGUUGGUGCUUAAUAAUAUUUGUUUUGUAAAUUGAGUCUGUCACACUUCCUUAAUCCCAGAUUCCAUUCUAGAUUUCUGUCCAUUUUUAUGUUUGAGAUGUGUAAGUAUUUGGCUUUUUGCAUAAUAGUAUUGCUUAAUAGCUUUAUAAGCAGCAGUGGAACUCACUUUAUUUGUCAGAACAACUCACGGGCAAGAGAAGCAAAGUAGCAGGUAAGCCAGACUCCGCCAGCUUCAGUUUGACCUCAUAUUCCUGGCCUCUGUUCUUUUUUUUCUUCUUUACACAUUCACUUUCCACCUGUUUCUUGAUGACUCCCCAAACAACACUGUCUACAGCUGACUUUUUCCUUAAGCUCCAGACCCAAUCACACACCAGUCAUCUCUGCCUUACGUUUUCCACGUCUGUCUAACUUGAUACAUUCCAAACUGAAUUUCCUCUUGUAUUCAUUCCUCGCAGGGAAUGACUCUACAUCUGCUGAAUUGCUCAGAUUAGAUUCCCUUUCUUCACAUAAAACAGCCACUCUAUCUUGUUCAUCCUGUUUCUUUCAUGUUUCUUGAAUCCAUCCUCCAUCUCCUUGUCCCAGUGCCUCCUCCCUGGUCCAGAUCUUCAUUUUCUCCCCAGCCUGUUCCUGCAGCUUUUCCUUCAGAUUGAUUGAUUGACUGGGGAUAUGAUAUAAAAUUUACCAUCUUCAUCUUCUGAUUUAUUUUCAGCAGUACUCCUGGAGUGACUUUCCAAAAACAUGGAUUUGGUCAUGCCUCUUGUCUUCCCAGACUUCUGAGAAGUUCCCCAUAAAACUCUUAACCUAACAUGCAAGGUCUUCCAUAAUUUUCCCAUCUUACCCCCAUCACUUUCUCACACCCUAUAUUCCAGGCAUAUUUCUUUGUACUUCAAGUGUACCAUACCUUGCCAGUGUGUCUGCAGCUCCUUCUGAAGUGAAUGUCACCCCCACCCUUAAUCUGCCUUAACAGAACCUUACUCAUUUUUCAUACCUCACUUCCAAGUAUCCCUCCCUCUGAAGCCUUCUAAACUUAAGCCAACUCUGACACACUAUGCCUUAACUAUUUCUAUUGUAGCUUGACUUCAGAGGUGGCUUUUCAGUUAGUAAGGUUCUAGGCUUAAUUUAUCUGUGACACUUGUGUUCUUCUAAAGUCACCCACUUUUGUCUUCUAUGAACUUGAUUUAACUUCUAAUGGGUUGAAUUCAUUCCUAAAGCAUUUGUGAAGCAAUAGAUUCUGCAGAUAAAAUGCUCCUAAAACAGCUUCCUCCUUAAAAAUGGCUUAAAAUAGGUGCUCACUUACAGCACAUAGUUUACCUAAAUAUUGUGUGAAUAAGAGGAAACAUGUUCACAUUUCAGGAAUCAAGUGUGACUCCUGGUGGGCAUUUACCGUGGCCAGGCACUGCCGUUGCGUUUUUGCGGUCUUCAGUUUGGCUCAGUGCUGUAAACCCCAACACACACCAUUGCUGUGUUCUGGUCAUCGCUUGCCUCCCCAGGAAAGGAAGCUCCUUCAGGCCAGAGACCGAGUCUUUCUAUUAUAUACCCAGCAGCCAGUGGUGACUGGGAAUACUAAAUACCCAAAGUAUACUGGUUGAGUAAAAAAUUGACCUUCUAGUAUUUAAUCCUUGGCCUGGGCUGGAAUAAGACAAGUCGUACUGAGGAUACUCAGAGGAGGGAAUGCAGAUACUGCGUUCCAGGUAUCUGUAGGGACACAAAGGAGAGCUGUUUCUGUUGGUAUAGGGAUGGGGCUAGAAUCUGAAAUAGAAACAGAGCUGCCCUGGUUAAAAGACAAAGCCCAAAAAGAAGGUGGGGAAGCUGAAAUCCAAAUGCCGGUUUACUCCUGGUGAGGAACGAUGCGGAAGACAAAUUCCUGUACUGUGGGGGGAUGUGGCUAAAUAAAGUGUUAAACGUUC